GGUGGUCGCACAUCCAGUUUUCCAUUCGCCACUGGGCGAACUCGAGCGAUGUCGGUGCUCAACUUCCCAGAAGGGUACGACGGAGGUGGGCGGUUGUACACCAUCCGUGUGUGCAACCUGCUCUCUGGGGACUUGCAGCAGGAGGUGAAGAUGCCGGAUACGGCCCGGGUGGGUGAUAUCCUCUUCAGCUUUAGAUCUGAGGAUGCCACGUUGCGGCGCAGCUUGCUCCUGGAUGGCCAGACCUUGUCCGAGGAGGUGAUGUUGUCGGAGUUUCUGCCGCCUGCGCCCUGCACCGCGGAUUUGCAGCUUCUGGUGCAGCGGCGCACUUUGCAGCACGCAGACUUCGAGUUGGACGAACACGUGGUACAGACGGUGCACAUCGUGCUGGGCGGACAUGCCAGGGUGGGAAAGACCAGCUUGGCUCUCCGCUACUGCAGGGACAAGUUUUAUGAGGACUCGAUUCCCAGUGACCUCUCUGUGAUCCCGGUGGAUUUUCGGGUGCAGCGCAUCACCGACGACAACUGCGGGAUUAAGAUGGUGCUCUGGGACGAGCCCAUGGGGCAGCGCUGGUUCAUGGUCCGGUCCGCGCCCUUUCGCUCCAAGCACGCGCUGAUCCUGGUCUUUGACGUGUGCGACCGGCGGACCUUUCGGGAUCUCGGGCGGUGGCUGUCAGUGGCCAGAGAUGCAGGCUUGGUGACGGUGGUGUUGAUCGGCAACAAGAGCGAUUUGGAGCCGCGGGAGGUCUCCCGGGAGGAAGGGCGCCGCUUUGCCGCGGAGGAGGGGAUUAUUUACUUCGAGACCUCGGCAAAGGAGGGCCUCGGCGUCGAGGACGUCAUCAACUACACGGUCUUUGAUGUGCUGCAGAAACUUGCGGCACAAGAGCCUCCCCCGCCACCUGGGACGCCGGAACCCGAAAUUCAUGUUUCAACUUGCCAUCUCCUCUAGCCAGCCAGAGCCUAGAGGUCUCCAGAACGUGUUUGAAACAGGCUCACCUGUCUCAAGUCUUCGAACA